UAUCUUGCGGUUCCAACAUGUUUGCAUGCAAAGUAUGAAUAAAGUGAUUCAGUAUAAUUCGUUCUCUUGCUAUAGAUGGUUGCAGUGACUUUGUUCAAUAAUGCAUUUAAUAUAUUGUUUUAUACUUUUUGUCACCGUACAGUGGAGUUAUGUGAAUGGAGACUGCGGAGUGGUGAGUAAGAGCGAGUGGGAUGGACUGAACCCAGCCCAUGUGCAGUACCUCCCCAGGCCUGUAGACCUCGUCAUUAUUGCGCAUACAGUGACGCCCACCUGCAACACCGAUCAGCGCUGCGCUGAGCUCGUGAGGAAUAUACAGACCAACCAAAUAGAGAACCUUGGCUUUUGGGAUAUUGGCUAUAAUUUUAUCAUUGGUGGUAACGGUAAAGUGUACGAGGGCGCCGGGUGGUUACACGUCGGUGCGCAUACUAGAGGUUAUAACAAAAAGUCCUUGGGAAUCGCAUUCCUUGGAAACUUUAACAAUGAUCCUCUGUCAAGUUCUAUGAUUAAUGCACUAAAAGAGCUAUUAAAGUGUGGUGUUGAGAAUGGUCAUCUGACUUCUGACUACCACGUGGUUGCACACCGGCAGCUCAUCGCUACAGAGAGUCCUGGACGGAAGCUCUACAAUGAAAUAAGAUCAUGGCCCAACUGGAUGGAAGAUGUUAGCUCUAUUAAAAACUAAGUUGCUCGCUCGUCAUAUAUUGUUAAGUGUUCAUACAAGGCUCAAAUUGCAUUGUCGUAGGUAUUGAAUAAGAUAAAUAAUAAUGAUAAGACAAUAUAAAGCAAUUUAGUCCCAUGUCAACAUAUAGACACUUCCACUGAACUGCAUUUACAGAAAGGCUGAAUACAAAUUUGAAUACAGAAUUAUUGAUUGAUGAAGAAGAAAAGUUUAUGUAGUCUGUUUCUUCGUAUUACUUUCAUAUUUAUUUGACACUCAUGAAACAUUAAAACAUUGCUAGGUUUUAUGCAUGCUAUAACAAAAAUAUAUUUGUAAAAAAGUGUAAAUGCAUCUUUAAAUUAGGAUUAUAGAUCACUGAGUACUCAUCAAUAUGAAAUAGGUAUAUCGGAUAUUUUAUCAAUGACUUGUAUAUAAUAUAUUCAUAGUAAUUCUGUAAUUGUUUGACUGCAAAAAAUACAUCUUUCUUUUGCAUUUACUACUCAUAUAAUAAAUAUAACAAUAAGAAAUACAGAUUAUUUUUUAUUGAUGCAAAUACAUAAUAUUUGUAACUAA